UUUUACUCUGCACACACACUCUUACUCACACAUACACACACAGAGCGAUCAGCACAUAGAUCUAGCUGCACACACACACACACACACACGCUAUGUUUAACGCUGUAUCGCUGUAACACCGUCAGCUGUUUGAAAUUUAAACUCAGGAGACAUUUUGUGACACUGAGGCGAAUCUGGGGGAUUAAAAACCCGGAAUACGGAGUGAUGGCCUUCUUGGGGAGCUCAGUGCGGAGUGCGGUGGCAUACGGUCGUCCUUUAGGGCAGCUUUACCGUCCAGCCACUCGCUGCUACAGCGUACAGAGUGAACACACCACUGAGAAAAGCGUCCCCUACGCCAAGACUCUCAAACAGGAGGACGGCCUGAGCGUACCUACCAAACCCCUGCCCCGGGCUGCGGACGCCGUGGUGAUCGGAGGAGGCAGUCUGGGAUGUCAGACGCUCUAUCACCUGUGUAAGAUGGGAAUGACCAACGUGGUGCUGCUGGAGAGGGACAGACUGACGGCAGGGACGACGUGGCACACCGCAGGUUUGUUGUGGCAGUUGAGGCCGAGUGAUACGGAGGUGGAACUUUUGGCCCACACGAGGAACGUGAUCAGCUCCGAGCUGGAGGAGGAGACGGGUCUGGAGACGGGCUGGAUCCAGAACGGAGGCCUGUUUAUCGCCUCUAACAAACAGAGACUGGACGAGUACAAACGCCUCAUGUCUUUGGGGAAGGUGUACGGUAUCGAGUCCUACGUGCUCUCACCUGCAGAAACCAAAGAGCUUUACCCGCUGAUGAACGUCAGGGAUUUGUACGGGACGCUGUACGUCCCCAAAGACGGCACCAUGGACCCUGCUGGUACCUGCACCACCCUGUCCAGAGCAGCCACUGCCCGUGGAGCCACGGUGAUCGAGAACUGCCCCGUGACGGGCAUCCAGGUGAAGACGGACCAUAUGGGUGUGAGGAGAGUGAAGGCGGUGGAAACAGAGUCUGGGACCAUUGAGACUCCGUGUGUGGUGAACUGUGCAGGUGUGUGGGCCAGUAAACUGGGCGAGAUGGCCGGCGUGAACGUUCCUCUCGUUGCUAUGCAUCAUGCGUACGUGGUGACUGAGAGGAUUGAGGGGAUUCAGAACAUGCCCAACGUGCGGGACCACGACGCCUCGGUCUACCUCCGUCUGCAGGGUGACGCUCUGUCUGUGGGAGGAUACGAGCAGAACCCUAUCUUCUGGGAUGAGGUGUCUGAUAAAUUUGCCUUCAGCCUGUUUGACCUGGACUGGGACGUCUUCAUGCAGCACAUCGAGGGAGCCAUUAACCGUGUUCCUGCUCUGGAACGGACUGGUAUCAAAUCCACUGUCUGUGGACCAGAAUCGUUCACUGCAGAUCACAAGCCACUGAUGGGCGAAGCUCCGGAAGUCAGAGGAUUCUUCCUGGGAUGUGGCUUCAACAGUGCAGGUAUGAUGUUGGGAGGAGGCUGUGGGAGGGAACUGGCUCACUGGAUCAUUCACGGCAGGCCUGAGAAGGACAUGUACGGCUACGACAUCAGGAGGUUCCACCAUUCACUAACUAAUAACAACUGCUGGAUCCGAGAACGCAGUCACGAGUCCUACGCUAAGAACUACUCUGUGGUGUUUCCUUUUGAUGAGCCUCUGGCCAGCCGCAACAUGAGGAAGGACCCAUUUCAUCAGGUUCUUCUGGAGCAGGGCUGUGUGUUCCAGGAGAGACACGGCUGGGAGAGACCGGGCUGGUUCUGUAAAGACGGACCUGUACCGGUUCUGGAUUAUGAUUAUUAUGGUGCUUAUGACAUUCCAAACAACAGAGACUACAAGUACAAUGAGCUUCUGGGCAAAGAGUACACCUUCAACUUUCCUCCACAUCAUGACAUGAUCAGAGAUGAGUGUUUAUCCUGUAGAAACACUGUAGCUGUGUUUAACAUGUCCUACUUUGGGAAGUUUUAUCUCACUGGUCCUGACGCCAAGAAAGCAGCUGAUUGGCUGUUCACUGCUGAUGUCAACAAAGCACCAGGCUCCACUGUGUACACCUGCAUGCUCAAUAAGAAGGGCGGGACUGAGGCGGAUCUCACUGUCAGUCGCCUGGAACCUGGCCCCGCCCACCUCCCACUGGCUCCUGAAUUUAACGAUGAUGCAUAUUACUUGGCUGUUGGAGGUGGUGUAGCGCAGCAUAACUGGAGUCACAUCCUGACCGUUCUGCAGGAUGGUGGCUUUAACUGCACACUGACUGAUCACUCAGAGGACAUGGGCAUGAUCAGCAUCCAGGGACCCAAGAGUCGGGAUUUGCUGCAGGAGAUUGUAGAUGUGGAUCUGAGUAACGAAGCCUUUCCUUUCUCCACACACAAAAUAGUGACAGCUGCUGGACACAAGGUACGAGCCAUGCGUCUGUCCUUUGUUGGAGAGCUCGGCUGGGAGCUGCACAUCCCUAAAGACUCCUGUCUGCCGGUGUACCAGGCCGUCAUGGCCGCCGGCGCCAAACACAGUGUCCAGAACGCAGGCUACAGAGCCAUCGACUCGCUCAGCAUAGAGAAAGGUUACAGACACUGGCACGCUGACCUGCGCCCUGAUGACACGCCCCUGGAGGCGGGGCUUGCGUUCACCUGUAAGCUGAAGUCCUCUAUUCCCUUUCUGGGACGUCAGGCACUGGAGACGCAGAAGGCCGAAGGUCUGCGCAGGAGAAUCGUCUGCUUCACCAUCGACGAGAAAGUGCCGAUGUUCGGAUUAGAGGCUGUUUUCCGUAACGGUGUUCCGGUUGGACAUUUGCGUAGAGCCGAGUUCGGUUACGCCAUCAACAAAACCAUCGGCUACGGAUACGUCCGAGAUCCAGAUGGAGGAGUGGUGAGCCCAGAUUUCAUCCGCAGAGGUGACUUCACUCUGGAGAGAAUGGGUGUGGUCUACAAAGCCAAAGCUCACCUGAAGUCCCCGUUUGACCCGGACAACAAGAGAGUGAAGGGGAUCUACAGCUCUGAGUGAACGUCCUGAAUCUGUCUCGCUCUCGUCCUGAAUCUGUCUCGCUCUCGUCCUGAAUCUGUCUCGCUCUCGUCCUGAAUCUGUCUCGCUCUCGUCCUGAAUCUGUCUCGCUCUCGUCCUGAAUCUGUCUCGCUCUCGUCCUGAAUCUGUCUCGCUCUCGUCCUGAAUCUGUCUCGCUCUGAAUAAAACUGGUUCAGGGACAACGAUAAAACUGCUUCUGCUCUUUUACACACACACUCACUCUCUCUCUCUCACACCCACUCACUUUCUCACACACACACACACAUGCUCACACACUCGGGAAUUUUCCAGCAGAAAUAAACUCAACAGAAACUGUUUUUCCCCAUCAGCAGACUCGAGUGGUAUAUAAAUGUAAAAAAUAUAAAUGUUUAGAAAGUUAAAUACAAAAACUUGUGUUGGUAAAAAAAAGAAGAAGAAGAAGAUAGAGUUCAAACCAAAAAUGAGACCAUGAAACUUUACAUUUAGUGACUCUACGUUUUAAGCACAGUUGACAUCUGUACUAAAGCCAUGGAUCGUUGGAAUCAAAUAAAUAAAUAAAAUGUAUUUGUAAUGAGUUUCUCAGCAAAAAAGUGUCAUGUAAGGACGUCCCUGGUCCUGGUCAGAUCAGGCAGCUAAACUACUCAGUUUCAUUUUAAUCGAAUGUGUUUUUAUCGUGUCUAUAAUUAGCAAGUAGCCGGAGGUGUGGAGGUGGCUUCAUGUUGGGGCUGAACCUCUGUAGGGCCGUGAGGGUAAACUGUAGGAAAUAAGAAGCUCUGAUGAAACUAAGUGCACCAAAUAUGUGUGUGUGUGUGUGUGUGUGUGUGUGUCGGCCUUCCUGAGGCACGGGGUUUGGAAUUUGAUGAAAAUUAGAGAACGCUUGAUUUUUUUUUUUUUACCCAAAGGAACACAAAGACUAAAAUCAGACCUUCUCAGAUCCUCACCACAUUCACACUGAGGUCUUGUGUGUUAGAGUGUAGAGAUAAACGCAGUGGUGUGUAUCAGAGUACAGCAGAAUAAACACACACUGCGUUAAUGUUUACACACUUGUUACGGAGAUGGUUCUUUAACACUAUUACUUGUCUUAAAGCUUCUAAGAGAAAUAUUAACUAAUCAUUUACAAUAAAACUAACAGAUUAUCACUAGAAAAAGUAUUUAGAGGAAACCGAAUUGUCGGCACUGUUUUAUAAACAUGUAUACGCACACACACACACAC